UUGCUUUCGCUAUUCGAUGUUAACGUGCUCGUCGCUCUUUUAGACCAAAAUCACGGAAGGCACGAGAUAGCCUCAAAUUGGUUCGAUACCAAUUCUCUUGACGGGUGGGCGACCUGUCCAAUCACGCAAAACGGGUGCAUACGACUACUGUCACAACCUGGUUAUCCCAACCCGCUUAGCGUCAGUGAAGCUAUAGGGAAUUUACGUACUGCUGUUUCCGACGACUACCACCAAUUUAUACUCGACGAUAUCAGCAUCCUGGAUGGAACCCGCAUAAACUCCAGGGGGCUUUCGGGACAUCGCCAGCUCACCGAUGUCUACCUGCUCGCCCUGCCGGUCACGCACGACGCGCGGCUGGUGACUCUGGAUACUCACAUUCCCCGAAUCGCCGUGAAGGGAGCAACCGAAGACCAUUUGGUCGUUAUCUGA